AUGCAGUCUCACUGUGCUCCCUCCUGUGUCAUCCCAAGCUGCAGGCCCACCCAUGCCAUCGGCUCCUGCGGUAUCGGCGGUGGCUAUGGCUUCGGCAGUGGCGGUUUCGGUAUGGGUGGCGGAUACGGCAUGUCGGGCUACGGUGGCGGCUCCGGGCUUGCCACAUCAGCCAGCAGCCUCGGUGUGGUCCCCGGAAUCCCCGUUUCUUGCAUCAGCCAGAUCCCCUCCUCCGAAGUGGUCAUCCAGCCCCCUCCGUUCUCCCUAACCAUCCCAGGUCCCAUUUUGGCCUCCAGUUGUGAGCCGUUGGCUGUAGGGGGUUAUUCCCCAUGCGCCUCCGGAGGCUACGAAAACAUGCCUCGCCCUUCAGUUACCAUUCAAGAAAAUGCAGUCCUUCACUGGCUUACAUGCUACAGCCCACAGACCUCCGGCCUACACAAUGCUAAGCCUUACCAUUGA